CACCGGAGCCCGGGGAGCCCGGGGAGCCCGGCCGACGGACGCGUGGGCGGGGCAGACAGUUCCCGGGACGGCCGAGCGCGGCGCAGUGGCUGCCGCCAUGACAGAUCAGACCUACUGUGACCGCUUGGUCCAGGACACGCCUUUCCUGACAGGCCACGGGCGCCUGAGUGAGCAGCAGGUGGACAAGAUCAUCCUGCAGCUGAACCGCUACUACCCACAGAUUCUCACCAACAAGGAGGCCGAAAAGUUUCGGAACCCCAGGGCGGCUCUGCGUGUGCGGCUCUGCAACCUCCUGAGCCACCUGCAGCGGAGCGGCGAGCGGGACUGCCAGGAGUUCUACCGCGCCCUGUACAUCCACGCUCAGCCCCUGCACAGCUGCCUGCCCAGCCGGCACGCUCUGCAAAACUCAGAUGGCACAGAGCUAGACUCAGGCGUGGAGAGAUGGGAGCUGAGUGACAGGGGACCCCUGGGCUUCCUGGCUUGCCUCAGCGUGGCUGCGGGACUGGCCCUGCUCAUGUACUGCUGCCCUCCAGACUCCAAGGUCCUGCCAGGGGCCCGGCGCGUCCUUGGCUUCUCCCCCGUCAUCAUCGAGAGGCACAUCAGCCGCUACCUGCUGACCUUCUUGGCAGAAGACCUGGGGGGUCCCUGAUCAGGCCCUGGACACUGGACUUUGCAUGCCGUUCAGCCCAGAGGCUUCCACCGGCCAGCCGCCUGGCCUACUGCCAUCAUCCAGCCUGCAGCCUACCCACUCUCCGAGGGGACCAGAGUGUUUCUUUUUCUAAAGGUUUCUUUUUAACUAUUUAUCAUUUCUGUGAGACUCACUUGGACCUUGCCUAUGAAGGAGCUUAGUGCUAUUAAAUGGGCGAGGCUCCUACCGCUCACCUGUCUUGCUCUCCCGCUCUGAGAGGGUGUUCUCUGUGACUCGGACUCU